GACAUUUGCUUUCGGGCAAUGUCUGAAAGUUUGAAUUUUUAGCAAAUAGUUAUCGAAAUUCUUAUUCAAAAGAUUUUGCUGUUUAAAGUAUAUUUCGUAUUGUCUUGAGGUUCAAUCAGGACCCCGUAAAAACGGUAGCAAUUAUGUAUGUGUUAAGUUUCUAGUUCUCUACCACGCAGUCAACUCGAAUGUGUUUGAUGUUCACAUCAAGUAGUUUUCUGUCGAGACGCAGGACUGGAACAGAGACCUACAGGAAAAGUUGAAGCGCAUAACAAGAAACAUGCUGGUCAACACAGGAUGUUUGAAGCGCACAUGUACACUAGCUGUGUACCUCUUUGUGAUUUUUCAGAUGACAUUGGUGUGGAUGACCGACGACGGCAAUCGUAGAGUCUGGAUUCGAGGAUCUUUACCCGCUAAUAACAGUCGUGUGUUGAACACACUGAGAGAGCGAUUCCUUGACAGCCCUUCCAGCCUCCCAUACAAUUUUUCUAACGAUUCAUUUUACAUCGCAAACAAAAGAGGUUCCUCGUGGCAAUACAUUAACUAUUACUUGAAACAAUUCUUCAUCAAUCAAACCAGCGGUUUCUUCGUAGAGGCCGGAGCUCUGGAUGGGGAAUUUAUUUCGAACACACUGUGGCUUGAACAAACUCUGGGAUGGAAAGGACUUCUGGUCGAACCAGAUAAAGACAGUUAUCGGCAACUCCUCCAGAAACACAGACGGGCUUGGUCCUCCAAUACCUGCCUCUCAAACUCCGGCCAUCCGAAGGAAACUGUUCACGUUGCUGUCAGGCUCAAUGAGGUGUACGAAGGUGUCCCUUGGUAUCACAGGGGUGCUUCACACGAGUUUGGAAUAACUAUGCCGCCAAAGUAUGACCCUUUCUUUGAAAUUUCUCACGAGUCUUAUGCCAUGGUACAAUGCUUCCCCUUGGCGUCCUAUCUGUGGGCUCUUAAUGUAACCACAGUGGACUUUCUGUCGUUGGAUAUCCAAGGAGCCGAGGAAGCUGUGCUAAAGUCUUUUCCGUGGAAGGAUUUUACCAUCAAAGCGGUAGUUGUUGAGAUGUCUGAUAGUCAUCAUAACCUUACUGACAUUAUGAAGGGUGUUGGGUAUAAACUGUUGAACUCACAGGAAAUAGAAUUCGUCGAGGACUACAUUUUUGUGAGAGAUGAACUUCUGGUAAUAUGAUUAUGUAGAUAUACAUAUAUAUCUACAUAAUCAUAUUACCAGAGCCAGGGUCCGGUCAGAUAAGUUCGAUUUAAAAAACCACAGUGUAAAACAGCAACUCCUUAACCCUUACUCCCGAUACCUUCUCAUUACCGGAUAACUA